AAAGGUUAUAUCCAGAUUGAGGGUAUAGACUAUGAUGAGACCUUUUCGCCAGUAGCUAUGCUUAAAUCUAUUCGGAUUCUCUUAGCUGUAGCCACUUAUAUGGAUUAUGAGGUAUGGCAGAUGGAUAUCAAGACAGCUUUCCUUAACGGAAACCUUCAGGAGGACAUCUAUAUGCAGCAACCAGAGGGAUUCAUUGCAAAAGGACGUGAGCAUCUAGUGUGUAAGCUUAAUCGGUCCAUUUAUGGAUUGAAGCAAGCUUCGAGAUCUUGGAAUAUUCGGUUCGAUGAGGUGAUCCAGUCGUACGGGUUCACUCAAUGUCCGGAUGAGCACUGUGUGUACAAGAAAAUCAGUGGGAGUGUGGUGGUGUUUCUUGUGUUGUACGUGGAUGACAUACUUCAUAUUGGAAACAGUAAGAAGGAGUUGUCAGACGUAAAGGUGUGGUUGUCUAAGCAGUUUGAUAUGAAGGACUUAGGAGAAGCAGGAUACAUUCUUGGUAUUAGGGUCGUUCGAGACCGUAAGAAGAGAAUGUUGUGCUUAUCCCACUCAUCAUACAUAGAUACUAUCUUGGCUAGGUUUAGCAUGCAGGAUUCCAAGAAAGGUACCUUGCCUUUCAGGAAAGGAAUCUCUCUCUCUAAGGAGAUGUCUCCUAAGACGCCUCAAGAGAUUGAGGACAUGAAGACAGUUCCUUAUGCAUCGACAGUAGGAAGUCUUAUGUAUUCUAUGCUUUGUACCAGGCCAGAUAUCAGUUACGUCGUUGGCUUAGUAGCCAGAUAUCAAAGUAAUCCGGGUAGGGAACAUUGGUCUGCGGUUAAGCAUAUACUCAAGUACUUGAAAAAGACUAAGGAGUACAUGUUAGUUUACUGUGCAGACAGCUUGUUACCUCUGGGUUAUAGUGAUUCUGAUUUUCAGUCAGAUAGGGACAAGAGUAAGUCAACCUCUGGUUAUGUGUUUACCUUGGAAGGUGGAGCCAUUUCAUGGAGGA